AGAUACUCAGCUUAAGUACUUACAUCAUCAAAUCAAGGUGAGAACUUAAAACAAUAUGUAUAACAGGGUAUAGUUUCUGCUGUAACUCUCAGAAUGUCAAUUGUCCAAGUGUUAAUGUGUAGUAGAGUUUGACUUCAGUCCAUUCAGUGCAUGAUUACUGAGUGCCUCUUCACUAUGCUGCAAAGAAAUAUAAGGCCAAGCAUGGUGUGUACCAAUAACUGCAGCACAUGGGAGGCUGAGGCAGAAGGAUCACAAGCUAGAGGUCGUCCCCCCCCGCCCCCCGGCAACUUAGUGAGAUCCUGUCUCAAAAAAUAAAAAGAACUGAGGAUGUAGCUCAGUGGUAGAGCAUCCUUGGGUUUGAAACAACAAAAGUAUGAUAUUUGGAAGCAGUGGGUCUUUAGAUAUGAUUUGUAAUUGCCAUUUAAAACCAUGUACCCCUUGGUUCAUCUCAAUUUCCUCAUCCUUAAAAUGAAGAUAGAUGACGCUACCUGUCAUUUAGCAUGGGGUGUGUGAACCCUUAGUGGCUUGCCUGCCACGGAGUAAGUACCCUAAAUUACAGCUGUUGUCAUAUUGGUCUUAUUAGAAAUAUUACCAUUCUGAAGGAAAAUACCAGCUGUAAUUUCUGUUUGGGGUUUUUGAAAAGUAUUUUUUAAAGAAUAAGGAAGAGAAGCAGAGGAAGUCGUCACUUGAUGAUAGAAAGUUUAUCCUUUGAGUCAUACCUAUAUUUUCAGUUUCUCUGCUCUUUACACUCUUUCCUGCUGCAAGGUAGAGCUCAGUUCUUUUGGAUUGGAGGAGUUUUCUCUGGGGAUUUUCUUGGGGCUUUAAAAUGUUAAUGCCAGGUAAGUCUUUAAAUAAGUCAGAUAUAAGACAUCAGAAUUUCAUAAUGAACAUUGGAUCGUAGGAGACCCUGGAGGUGAGAGAUUGAGGCCAUGCUUGUCUUCGAUCCUAGUUAGUUACACUUGUUACUCCAAGUCUUGCCUUUUCAGGCCAUUGUUCUUAGAUAGUGUUGCCCCUAAACUGAAGGGAGCAGUAAUACAAUCUGAAACCAAAAUGAGCAAAUACAACUUAAGUAAAGAACGAUAUUCAUUUAUGAACUAGAAAAAAAUCAUAAAUAAGUACAACAGGCAGUGACUUCUCUUAGUAGAUGCCAGCUCUGCCCUAUAACUUACAUCAUUUCUUGUUAAAGGCAGUGGUCAUUUGAUGUUAUAGUGAUGAUGUCCUUAGUUUGCAUCUCUAGGAGUUUUUUUUCACUGCGUGGCUUCCUUAUAAUACUCAGCUUCUUUGAACUCAGGAGCCUCUCCUUCCUCAAAUUAUGUAAAAUUCUGUGAGCACAUUGCUUGGGCUUCUGUGUUUUUCAUAAAUUGUAUCUUUUAGUUACUUUUCUUAUUGCUGAGACAAAAUACAUGACACCCAAAGUUAAAGGAGGAAAGGUUUAUUUGGCUCACAGUUUGCAGAGGUUUCAGUCCAUAAUCGGCCAGCUCCAAGGCAGGGUGGACGGCAGACAGGCCUUGCGGAGGGGAAAUAGUUCAUGGUGGCAGAGACAGCAAAGCAAGGCAGGGGGCCACAGCUCCUCGGUCCCUUGUCUUACCAGGCUGCUUAGGGCAGGGAGCACUCACCCACGCCUUUAAUGCUAGUGCCCUGGAUCCUAGCACUGCACCAUGCAUCAGUCCCAGCUCACACAACCUAGAUCCAGCUGCCUCUGAAAAGCCCCACCUGUGACCACAUGGGGCUUUGGGGGACAUCGAGACACAGACGUAACACUCUACUUUUGUUUACCUGGAAUAGAGCGCUAAUUUCCAGACUGACCAUCCGAUUCUGUGAACUUGCGGCCCAGUGCAGCAGUGCAGAGGCAGAGGCAGAGGCACUGUCCUCUGUCGGGGGGAUAAAGGGAUCCACAGGCCAGCAGGUGCGCAUCCUGAUAAGAGCGUGCUGAACUGCUGACAGCUGGGUUACUGCAGCAGCUACGGGACUAGUGGCUGAGUAGUCACUCUUAAUCUUUCCUUCUCCCAAGCUGUCUUUAAUAUUGCCUGUGCUGCAUAAGGUCAACACUUUGUUAUUCUCUUCCAGCAGAAUCUGGAAAGGUGAUUUAAACAACCACACAAGCCGGGCUGGUGGCGCAUACCUGUAAUUCCAACACUCAGAGGCUGAGACGGCCUUGUCACAAGUUCAAGGCCAGCCUGGGAUACAUCAAAAAACCAAACCAAACAAUCAUACCCAAUGGAUGACUAAGACACAAAGCACCAAUUUUAGGGAGACUUUCUUUUUUUGUUUUGGUUUGUUUCUUGGAUUUUUGAGAUAGGAUCUCCCUAUAUAGUCCAGGCUGACUUUGAACUCACCCUGUACCCCAGGCUAGCCUUGAAGUCACGUCAGUCCUCCUGGCUCAGGCUCCUGAGUGCUGGGAAUACAAGCAUGCACCACCACGCCUGGCAGGAAGACUAUUUCUUUGCUAAUUAUAUUUCUAGUAUAUUUCUGUUCCUGAUUUUAAAAUUUAGCAUUUUCAGGAAUGUGAAGGGGUGUUCCAGGAAAACAAUACUCCACAUCAGAAAACAGGGUAUGCAAAAUACAGGAAAAGAAAUUUAACUUAAAUACAGAAAUUGUUUCCCCAGAUUAGAGAACCCAGGAGAGGUAAACCUACCUAGGAGAAGAGCAAGUGGCCUGCCGUGCUGGUUUCAGGUAGAGAGACGUGGCCAGCAGUGGGCACCAAGCUGCUGUCGUGAGUGGGAGCAGGAGGAAGCUGCUCUGAAGUGGAACCAUGGGGCUCUUGGGUAGCACUGAAGCUCUGGCUCCAAGUUUGCCUGUCAUGAUCCUGGACAGUACUGCAGCUCUCGCCGUCCUGGGAUUUAGGGUCCUCUUGAGCAAAUGACAUACAGUGUGUGGCACUUGGAGAAACUUUAUAUAGCGCUGUGAAACAUUCAGGAGUGCUGUUUAUUGUUUUCAUCUUUUGAAAAAUAGCUUAAUUCAGUUUUUAUGCUACAGGAAGUCCCCAACUUGGGAAUGAGUUCCGUUCACGGAGAACACUUGUAAGUCAGAUUCGUUUGUUAAGUUCAGCCAAGUGAGUCUUAUCUACCUCUCACCCAGAUGUAAUGCUUUACAGUGCAAAGCAUGAACACGCACGCACAUACACACACACACACACACACACACACACACACACGCUGUUAAGUAAGCUGCUUUCCUUUUAUAGUUACCGGAAUUGUGGUACAGCAGGGUGCGGCACCAGGCGUAUCAUCGGGGUCAUGGAGUGAGCUGACUGGAGUUUCUGACAGGGAGGGAGGUGGUGGGGCGCCACCACCCGCCUUCUUGUCUCGGUCCAAUCCUCAGUCGUCCACCUUUGUCUUCCUGGUAGUCCCUCCACAUCCCCACUGCUUUUCCUCUCGCUGCCAGGCGGCUUGGGCUCUGAGUGAACACUGUAUGGUCGGCACAGAGCAGCACGCUGUGGCAGCAUCCUGCAGACACGAGAGCUGCUAACAUGUGGAUUUGUCCACAUCUCUUGAGAGUUUGUAAUUUGAGAUCCAUUGCUAUCUGAAAGUUCACAGCUCAAAUGUCCGUAAGCCGGGGGCUUGCUGUACCUACUUCCAGCUGCGUGGAUUUAGGUCUAAGGGUGCCCUGUCCUUUUGGUGAAGCAGCAGUAAGAGGCUCACAAGUCUGAGACCAGGCCGGGCAGCUCGAUAUUUUGAAAAACAAUUUGAACUGUCAGAACAAACAAAAUUACCAAUGUUUCUUCAUUGUCGAAACUCCCAUGAUGAAUUUUUGGACAUAAUGAAAAGAAACAGAGAUCGGUGUGUAGGUGGAGUGGUACACUCAUUUGAUGGUACCAAGGAAGUAGCAGCUGCUUUGAUUGACUUGGAUCUUUAUAUAGGAUUUAAUGGUUGCUCACUGAAAACUGAGGCUAAUUUGGAAGUUUUGAAGUCAAUACCUAGUGAAAAAUUAAUGAUUGAGACUGAUGCGCCUUGGUGUGGAGUCAAAAGUACGCAUGCUGGAUCAAAAUAUAUAAAAACUUCAUUUCCUACCAAAAAGAAAUGGGAAAAUGGGCAUUGUUUAAAAGAUAGAAAUGAACCCUGCCAUAUAAUUCAAAUACUGGAGAUAAUGUCAGCAGUAAGAGAUGAGGAGCCACUGGAAUUAGCCAAUACGCUAUAUAACAACACCAUUAAACUAUUUUUUCCUGAUAUUUAAUUGGCAUAUUCCAACAUGUAUGAAAAAUUUCAUGGCAAAAUUUACGUAAAUUUCAAUAAAGAAAAUUAUCUGAAA